GGACAGCUGUAAACAUGCUCUAAAGAGGCAGGAUUCACGGUAUCUUAUCGCUAUUGUUGUUCCUUCGAACAGAAGUCGGGAUAAUCAUACUAGAUAAUUAAUAUGUUAAGUCAGAACACUUUGCACGAUCCAAAGCUGUUUGAUAUGAAGUCAAAUUAACUUGGUCCGUGGAAACAUCGACAUUCAGGGUUACUUUAAGAAAGCAAGCUAGCUGCUGCUACUGCUAGCCACUUAGCUUGGGAUUUGUGAUGAGAUUGGAAGCGGAAGGAAAUUCUAAGGGAAAUGAGAAAAAAUCUGUACUGGGAUGUCUUGGGCAAGUUGGAAUAAAUAUUUUAGCUAUGUUAUACGACAAAUGGGCUUUGCGACUCGUGAAAGCAGGGGGUUUAUUUUGUUAAGAUGAAGUUAUAGCAAUCGGUUGGUGUUGAGACAUUUCGUAAUUGUCAGAAGCUAACUAGCCACGUAUUGAUAGUUAGACUUUUAAAAUGGCGGAAGGCUGGCCCAUCCCCCCGGCCCUCUUCUUGUUGAGUUUGAGUGCCUGCUGGGGUCUCGAUUCCUGCCCUGCGCCAUGCUCUUGUCUAAGGGGAUCAGACGAAAUCCAAAUCCUGGAUUGCAAUAGGAAAAGGUUGUCAGCGGCCCCCCUGGAUCCACCUCAUGGGAUAACUCAUCUCACUAUGAAUCACAAUGAUCUGACAACUGUUCCAUACCUUGGAGAAGUUACCCCAAACAUCACAACACUCUCAUUGGUUCACAACCGGAUCUCGGAGCUGUGGAUGCAUCAGCUGCAUCCAUACAUCUCCUUGGAGACACUUGACCUGUCAUCCAACUCCAUCUCAGAGAUAAAGGCUGUAGCCUUCCCACUCAUGCAGCUGAAAUACUUGAAUUUAAGCAAUAACAAGAUCAGUGUCCUUGAACCUGGCUGCUUUGACAAAAUCUCCAGCUCCCUGCUGGUCCUGAAGCUGAACAGGAACAGAAUAACACUGCUACCAUACAAAGUGUUCAGGCUUCCCCAGCUGCUCUUCCUGGAAUUAAAGCGCAACAAGAUCAAGAUGGUGGACAGCCUGACCUUCAAAGGGAUGGACUUACUGAAAUCACUGAAGAUGCAGCGGAAUGGCAUCACAAAGCUGAUGGACGGUGCGUUCUUUGGGCUCAACAACAUGGAGGAGCUAGAGCUGGAGCACAACAAUUUGACGGAGGUCAACAAAGGCUGGCUGUAUGGCCUGCACAUGCUGCAUGUUCUGCGGGUCAACCAGAACGCCAUCGGCAUCAUCCGACCAGACGCCUGGGAGUUCUGCCAAAAACUGGAGGAGCUGGAUCUGUCCGUCAACCACCUCACCCGGCUGGAGGAGAACGCAUUCAUUGGACUGGGCCUUCUGGAGAACCUGAACCUAGGAGAGAACGCCAUCAGCCAUCUGGGAGAGGGAGUCUUCAGCAGCCUGGCCAAUCUGCGCUCACUAGACCUACGGAAUAAUGAGAUCUCUUGGGCCAUUGAGGAUUCCAUGGGUGUGUUUGUUGGAAUGAAGAAGCUGAACACAUUGAUUCUACAGCGGAACAAGAUCAAAUCUAUCACAAAGGAAGCCUUUGAGAGUCUGGAGGAACUAGAGCACUUGGACCUGAGCAAGAAUGGGAUCAUGUCCAUCCACCCUGAUUCAUUAUCUCACAUGAAGCUAAAAGUGUUUUUCCUGAAUACUAGCAGCCUGCUGUGUGACUGCCAACUGCAGUGGCUGGGCUCGUGGUUGACUGACAACCACUUCCUGCAGUCUGUCUCAGCUAUGUGUGCUCACCCUGCCAGCCUGCUGGGCCGUAACGUCCUGUCUGUCAGCCUGGAGGAGCUGGUCUGUGACGACUUCCCAAAGCCCCGGAUCACUGAUCACCCUGAGACCGCCACCGUCCUGCGUGGAACCAAUGUAACUCUGAGCUGCCUGGCGUCCAGCAGCAGUGACUCCCCCAUGGCCACGGCCUGGAGGAAGGACGGGGAGGUGCUGUACGAUGCAGAGGUGCAGAACUACGCCCGCUACCAGGAGGGAAAGCUGUUCUACACCACCGUGCUGCAUCUCCUCAACGUCAACUUCACAGAUGAGGGACGCUACCAGUGUGUUGUCUCUAACCACUUUGGCUCUAACUACUCCAACAGGGCCAAGCUCACCGUCAAUGAGCUGCCAUCCUUUCUGAAGACUCCAUUGGACCUGACCAUCCGCACAGGCACCAUGGCCAGGCUGGAGUGUGCUGCUGAGGGUCACCCGUCACCCCAGAUCGCCUGGCAGAAAGACGGGGGCACGGACUUCCCUGCUGCCCGGGAGAGAAGGAUGCACGUCAUGCCAGACGAUGACAUCUUCUUCAUUGCCAAUGUAAAGACGGAGGACAUGGGGGUGUACAGCUGCACAGCCCAGAAUGCUGCAGGGAGCCUGUCUGCCAACGCUACACUCACUGUGCUAGAAACUCCGUCCUUUAUGCGUCCCCUGGAGGACAGGACAGUAGCACGUGGGGAGACGGCAGUGCUCCAGUGUAUCGCAGGCGGAAGCCCAGCGCCCCGCCUCAACUGGACCAAGGACGACGGGCCCCUGGUCCUCACUGAGCGCCACUUCUUCGCCGCCGCCAACCAGCUCCUCAUCAUCGUGGACGCGGGGCCGGCAGACACCGGGAAGUACAUGUGCAUCAUGUCCAACAUGCUGGGCACGGAGCGCGGCCACAUCUACCUCAGCGUGUCGCCCUCGCCCAACUGUGACACGGCGGGCGGCUACGACCAGGACGGCUGGACCACGGUGGGCAUCGUGGUGAUCGUGGUGGUCUGCUGCGUGGUGGGCACCUCGCUGGUCUGGGUCAUCGUCAUCUACCACAUGCGACGGAAGAGCGAGGACUACAGCAUCACCAACACAGAUGAGAUGAACCUGCCGGUAGACAUCCCCAGCUACCUGUCCUCUCAGGGCACACUGUCUGAGCCUCAGGAGGGAUACAGCAACUCUGAAGCAGGGAGCCACCAGCAGCUCAUGCCACCACUGUCCAACGGCUACGUCUACAAGGGAACUGACGGUGUGUGCUACGGUGACACAGGCAGCGAGGUGGACACCGAGGCCAACGGGAUGCUGCACUGCCGUGUGGGCUCUCUGUUCACGGGACAAAGCAGCUUCCAUCCUGGGCAGCCCCGCGAGGGACUGGCUGGGGUGUCGACAGGUGGUGCAGGGCCGCUGGUCAUCUGCUCGGACUGCUACGACAACGCUAACAUCUACUCUCGGACCCGGGAGUACUGCCCCUACGCCUACCUGGCCGAGGACGACCCCCUGGACAAGGGUCUCUCUGGCAUCAUGGCCCACCUCCCAAAGGAGCCCUACAGGGAGCAGCACGCCCAGCAUGAGGACACAGCCCUGGAGAGCCUCAUCAACAACCAGGACUCCUCAGUCUUCCUCACCAGCCACAACCUCACUAAGAGGCUGAGCAAAGCCCUCAGCCCCCCAGAACAACACUACAGCACCGAUGUUCCCUCCAGGUCGUUUUGGGGCGAAGGGGAGGACUUGUCUACAGUGCCCCAACCAGGUCUGUCACAGCAGCCAGUGACUGUGCACACGACUCCCUAUGCAUCUUCAGUUGCUGAGGGACGGGAGGAGAGGAGUGUGGAGAUGGAUCCCACCCUUCCCCAGAGCACACAGGACUACAGAAGUGCCUCUUCUAGGACUAAGUCUCAGGAGCACAUCAAGGCCCCCACAUAAAGCUCUGCCCCUUCCCUAUACACCCUGCCAUCCUCUCUCACUGGGUCCUCUUCUCUAGCCACUACCUCCAAAGAGACCACUCUCUGCCAAAAAUGCUUUCUUGUAUGUUUACAGUAUUUCAAUCACGCAGAGACUAUUUGUUCCUAUGAUUUUGAAAAAGGACCAAAUCUAGGGCUUGAACUGAACAGGUGAAUGAUGCCCACUGAGUCCCUCCACCUCCCCUUCCUCCCUCUCAAUCUAGAGGAAGCUAUGAAUGUAUGCGUCAGAGUGAUGUUGGAUGCUGCCUUUUGAGUUUUAAGAUGUCAGAAGUUUGAACGUGCUCUCACGCCGUCCUCUGUCUGGACGGUGGAAUGGCAGCAUGGUGAAUGGGUGCCCCAAGCGUUGUGCUUUCUGCUUGCUGAUGCCACAUUCUUGGUACAGUCACUUGUUGGAGCAGCCUUCAUGAUUUAAGGUACAAAUCCAGGACAUAGCUUCCUCUCGUCCAGGACCAGAGGGGACAAAGAGACCCCAGUUGUUGCUUGUUCAGCAGUGAGUGGUACGUACCUAUAGGAUCACAAUGAAUCCCUCCUCUAGCCAUCCGUGUUGACUGUAACUGUCUGCUAUUAUGCAAACCCAGAGACAAUGACACCAGACGUGGUAUGUGUAUAUAUAAUUUUCACCAAUUCCCAUCAAUGUCUCUUAAGCUAAGAUUGUUUUGCCUUGGGUCAAUUAGAGGCAGUCGUACCGACAGUUACUCAUGUUAUUUUUUGUAUGAAAACGCACUGUCAAAGCAAAGAAAAUAUUGAGUAAUGCACAUUUAUUUUGACAGUCAAUGUUCAGGUGGCCUCUCUUUGUAAUGGUCAUCUUUCAGAUGGUAUUCAGGCAUUCUUAGUAACCCUCCAUCAGGUAACCCUAAGGUUUCUAAUCACUUAUAUGCGCUGACCAUCAUUUCCUCUCAAAAGGUUAUUUUACAGGCACUUACCUCAUACGUGGUAUGUUUUAUCAUGUAGUGUGUGUAUACCAUUUUAGAUUCCUAAAGGAUAAUAUAUGCCUUUACCCCCAAUUUCAUCGACCCAAGACUCUGACCAGAUUUGACAUUGGGAUUGUGAAGAACUAAUGUAUUGUAUGGAUUAAACGUGUAUGUCUAUUCAAUACUAUGUCCCCCAAACCCUAAGCUGAUAGUUGGAAUGAUUUUAGUCCUAAGCUGCGGUAAGUUUGAUUUAUUUUAUUUUUCACUCCAGGGCAAUUCCUAACUUGAGAUGGUAGAUCACAAGUCAGGAUUUGGCCCAAAAUGUUGGUAUAAAUUUAAUCUAGCUAAGACCAAGGCUUUUAAUAAGGGUUCUCUUUCAUCAAAUCUGCUUUGCAGUAUUUCUGUAGUAGUAUAUAAACACACCUGUUUCCUUUGCUCAAAUAAAAUAACUGAAUCUUUUUGGCAAUGGAACAUGGAUACUUCAGAAUAAGAUGUAGAUUUGUGUAGGCUAUACAAACAAAGAUACUACAUGAACAUUGCUCUGACAGGUUUGAUUGAAUCUGUCCUUUAGUCAUUAUUUUUCACCUUUUGAAAUCUCACAAUUAUUGCACUUCCGAUUCAGCAUUUCCUCUCUCUCGUGCAUGCUUUCAUUGCUGGUUUCUUUUACGUGUAUGUCAACUACACCACAGUGUUUUUAUUCCUGCCUCUACCAUGUUGACCGUUAUACAUUUCCAUGUAGGAGUGUUUCUUGUGGUUAUCUUUAUUUGAAUGUGUUCCACAAUGCAUUCAUGCUAAAAUCACAACUUUUUGAUAAGACAUUCCGUAUGACAUUGCUUGAUAAUGCAUCUGGUACAUUUUGGCAUUUUGAGAUGAUCCAAAAAGGAUGCCUUUUGUCAAUGCCUUUUGCAGUUGGUCUCAAGCUGUUCUUUGUCUCUGUGGUACUUGACUUACUGGAUUUGCACAUGAUUCUUGCACACAAUUGAUUUUUGUUGUGGCUUCUUUUCAAAAGUCCAUUGUUUUGAAGUUCUUCCAUAAACCAGGUCAUCCCUUGUACAGUCGUGGUCAAAUGUUUUGAAUGACACAAGUAUUGGUCUUCACAAAGUUUGCUGCUUCAGUGAUAUUUU